ACAACUAUUCCGUGGAUACAACAACUUACUCAUACCGUUUGAUCUGAAAUGAACGGUGAAAUCUCAUACCCUUGUAAAAUUGUCAAGCUUCACACUACGAAGAUUGACGGUUUAGAUUCAUUGAUGUGUUAAACUGCGUGAAUUAAGAAAUACAGUUAAUCCAAAUCCGCAAAACUAAUGUGGCGUUGUCCUCAAUCUUCAUUCACAUUCAUACACAGAAAAAAAAGAAACACACUCUUUAACAAGCUGAUUUAAAAAGCUCUCUCAUUAUUCAUUUAUCUUCUCUCAUUCACACUCUUUGUUUUUCAUCCAUUUAUUAAUCAACAUGAAAAACAACACAAUCAAUAAUUCCCAAUUAUUCCUCCUCCUAAUCUUACCGGGAAUAAUUCUUCUCUCCGCCACAAAAGCCCAAGCCCAAAACAAGUCCAAUGAUUUCACAGAUACAAAUCCUAACGAAUUCAACCCUUCCUUCGCUAUAAUCAUAGUAAUUUUAGUCGCUGCUCUUUUCCUCAUGGGCUUUUUCUCCAUCUACAUCCGUCGCUGCGCCGAUUCACCAACUUCUAACUUCGUUCUCCCCAUCACCGACGGUAGAUCGCGUAGGGCGGCGCGUGGACUCGAUUCAUCGGUCAUCAAUACUUUUCCGAUUCUCGAAUACUCUGAAGUUAAGAUCCACAAAAUUGGAAAAGAGAUUUUGGAGUGUGCCGUUUGUUUAUGCGAAUUCGAAGACACCGAAACGCUGCGUUUGAUUCCAAAGUGUGAUCACGUUUUUCACCCUGAGUGCAUCGACGAGUGGUUAUCUUCUCACACAACUUGUCCCGUUUGUCGCGCGAAUCUCGUUCCUCAAUCCGGUGAGUCAACUCACGGAGUUCCCGAGUCUAACACCGAGUCGCAAUUACAAUCACAAAACGUUGAAGCUCAAAACGACGCCGUUGAAACACCGUCAGAACAGCUAGUAAACGCGGAAUCUGACCCGGUCUUAGCUGUUCCGGAAGUGAUUGCAUUGGAUAAAACGCUGAACCGAAACCGUACACGUGGUUCUAGAUCGAACCGUCCGCGUCGUUUUCCACGAUCGCAUUCGACCGGACAUUCGUUGGUCCAACCGGGUGAAAACACUGACCGGUUCACUUUGAAACUGCCUUUUGAAGUAAGGAAACAGAUAAUGAACCGGCAAUUGGAAAGGGCGAGUAGUUUGAUUACGUUACCAAGAGAAGGUAGUUCGAGGCAGGGUUACCGAACCGGAGGAGAGGGAAGUAGUAGAGGAAAAACUUCCAAGUUGUUGGACCGGGGUUUUAAAUCAGACCGGUGGGUAUUUAAUAGAGCACCGUCGUUUUUAGCGAGAGCAUUGUCAAUUACAUCAACAAAGCCAAAGGUGAAUAGUAGCGACGAUGAAGGGACUUCAUCUGCCGCGGCUCCUAUUAUGCCUUCAUCGGCGGUUGACUCUGCCCGCCCUCAGAUCUGACCGUCUUUUCGGUUAUAGUUUGUUAUUAAACUCAACACUAACGCAAUUACAUUAUAUUGAUUUGAGAUUAUUAGAGUGAUUAGAGGAUGUAAUCAAAUGUGUAGUAGUGUUAAUAUCUGUACUCAUAUCUGGACACCAGAACACAAAAGUACAUUUGUGUUUAUUUUAUUAUUUUUCAUUUUCUGAGCACGAUUUUGUUUCCACUUCAAAUUGUGUACAGUUUGUAUAAUAAGGUAGCAAGGUACAGAUUUUUUUUUCAUCAUAAAA